AUUUACACUAAAUACGCAUGAUACACUUUCACGAGCAUGGCAAAGGUAUAAUUUACUUCAAUCUUCACUGCAGUGUGGGGCGUAGUGGAGUCGAAGCGAAACGAAAUGAUGCUCGUCGAGGGAUGCGCAUGAUCAAUUUCAUUGGAAGUGCUCAUGAUUCAGCUACAUCAAUUAAUAAGCGUGGCACAUCAGAUGAUUCAAGAGCAUUGGUUGCUGUUCCAAACCGAAACAUGGAUGCCCUGGCUGUGGCGCCUCCACUGAGAAGACCAAAGAGAUCGGAGACAGCCCAACGUCGAAUCCGUCGGCCUUUCUCCGUUUCUGAGGUGGAAGCACUUGUUCAAGCUGUCGAAAAACUCGGAACUGGAAGGUGGCGUGAUGUUAAGUUGCGCGCCUUCGACAAUGCAAAGCAUAGAACUUAUGUUGAUUUGAAGGUUGCUCUAAAUCCCAUGUUUUCCAUGCAUCUUCAUCGAGCUCUUAUUUUUUGUUUUUUUAGAACGCGGGAAUCUGUUAUUGCAAUUUUACUCUCUGCAUUAGGUAGACACUGCCUUAAGAUCCUAGCUCCAACUUAUGAUGAAUUAUGCCCGAUUUUUCCAAGAAGAUCAUUAGACUGCCUUAAGAUCCUAGCUCCAACUUAUGAUGAUAUGGUAUCAAAGUUAAUAGUUCCAGUAAUUUGGUCCACAUAAGCCUAACCAGUAAGCACACAUACUUCAAAAUUAGCCAUGUUCCAAUGAUCUUCAAUAACAAACACAAGAAUUUCAAGAUUGACGUUCUAAGGAGCCACCUUCUUAAGUUAUUCCACGCUCGAAUGUAAGGCCUUAGACUAUUUCUUUAGUUCCAUCUUUUAGGAUGGAAUUCGUGAACUUUGGGUGUUAAUAUAUCAGUCAUAUAAUUGUAUCAAUCAAAAGUAGGACCUUAUCAUUUAGGCUUAAGAUUUGGACGCUGCAGCCCUUAUGUGUUGUUUUUGGGCUUCUUGAAUUGGAAUGAAUUGUGAAUUUAAUCAAUUUAUAUCUAAUAAAAUCCGUUAAUGAUAAACUAAAGAUAUGCAGGACAAGUGGAAAACACUGGUACAUACUGCAAGAAUAUCCCCUCAGCAAAGACGAGGUGAACCGGUGCCCCAAGAGCUACUGGACCGGGUCUUGACUGCGCAUGCCUACUGGUCUCAACACCAUUCUCCAACUUGCUUACUGCUCUAAGAUUAACCCCCCCUCCCCCCUCCCUGCACUUAACCUUUCCUCUAAUAAUAAAAUUUGACCAUGAAGUAGGAGAUAGAUUCUUCUUUAGUUUUGGCUCUUGUUUGUUUCACUUUCCUUCACAUUAAGUUAGUAAAUGCAGUAUGUAUAGAAUCACUUUUCCCCCUUGCUGGGAAUGGUUCACACUUGUAAAUGUUUGAUGAUCAAACAAGAGCCAUGAAGGCAUGUAGCAUGCAUCUUCAGAUCUUCAAGAAUCAAGAUGCUUUUCAUUCUUUGAUAUGGGGUGCGAAUUGUAAUUCACUCCAUUCCCAUGGGUUGCUUCAGUAAAUUCUAAAUGCUCCAUUCGUGUCAUUUGGCUAAAGCUAAAUAAAGAACAUAAAAUUGUGUGAGGCAUUUCUUCGAUCUAUUAGUAUUAAAGGUCAUUAACA